AUGGAGUCGCAGGGAGAAGGCAAAUUGCUGGCGCGACCAUCUCAAGCCAAGCUGCCGCUGUAUGGGGUGAUGGCGGUCUCGCUGGUGGUUCUCCUGCUGGCCUCCGCGGUGGUUUCAAGCUUCGCGGACCCCUCGGCGGAGGGGGCCGAGGUUGUCACCUUAUCCCUGUCCACGCCCCCCCAAGAGUCGGAGUCUUUGUCGUCUGGUGGCGCGGGGGAGGAGGGGGGUGGGACCGCCGGUAACGGCGGCGGCGGCGCAAGAGCGUGUACCGUCGACGACCUUGUUCCGCCGCACGGCCACUACGAGGACGGCGGCGGUGGCGACGGCGGCGACGACCUCUCCGGGAUGUGGGACAAGAGCAGCAUGGUGGCGCCUCCGUUCGACUGCACGUGUUCGGGGAGUGGAAGGGCAGGAAGGGCCCUGAAUGCCAGCUACUUCUGCCCAAACCUGGGCACGGGAGGGUACCCCAAGUGGAGCACUAGCGGGGGGUGCGAGCGAAGAGAACGGAGCGCUCUGCAGAACGAGCCCCUGCCGCCCGGCUUCCGGGUGUUGUUCUACGGGAACUCCCACCUCCGGCAGGUGGUGGAAGGCAUCGUCUGCGCGUACUCGUCGUCGAUCCGGAGCCGAUGCCUCAGGGUGGUAGUGGACGGGGAGAGCUUGGCUCAGGAGGACACACUGGUGGACGAGGACCUGCAGUGCCGGAGCUGCGUCUACUCCCGCAAGCUGCGCAGGACGCUCCUCGAGCACGAGUGCAUCUCGGAGGACGCGAAGGAGGAGGCGUGCAGGUGCGACGACGACGAGAGCGUCUUCGAGUUCGACAACGGAGCGGCCAUCCACUACCACUUCGCGCACAAGGAGGAGAACAAGCGGUUCGAGGAUGCCUUGCAAUACCGGGGGACGGAGUACUCGUCCUACGAUGCUGUCGUCGGAAACCUUGGCAACGAUCCGCGGAUGGAGGUGUCGGAAGUUUUACGUGUGGCGAACCUGCUCAAGGAAGAGGGGGUUCCGCUGUUUUGGACGUCUGCGUACGAGGGGGAAGGGGACGUGGGCGCCUGGCUGCCGGAGGAGCAGGCGUUGUUCUGGGACUCAGGGGCGCGCUUCGUGCCCGUUCACCGGAUGGUGAAGAGCCUCAAGUACCUGACCAAGGGCGUGGUGGAAGGGGAGAACAACCCACACUUCUGCAUGCCCGGGCCUCCCAACGAGAUCGGAAUCCUGCUGCUCGAGAUGGCCUGGGCGGUGUACGCGGAACGGGGGGGUGCGGCGAGAGGGGGGGAGGAGGUGCCUCGCAUCGAGGUCGAGGGUAACGACGGUUCCGGCAAGGAGGAGGAGGAAGAGGGGGGCACCGUGGUUGAAGGCGGCGGCGAGGACGGGGGUGCAAGGGCAAGGUCGUUGAGAUGA